CAGCCACCGAAACCACUAAGCGGACGAUGGCCGAGGUGAUCCGUGACGGCGAUACCGUCGUGUGCUACACGAGCGAUGACCGCGUCUUCUUCCAGGAGGUCUCGCCCAAGAUGACGCUGCGCAUUGGCAAGGCCACCGUGACGCUCAAGUCGGCCAUCGGCCACCCGUACGGCACGAUCUUCGAAGAGAGCGAGAAGGCGCUGGUGCCUGUCACGGGCGGCCUCUUCCCGGAUCCGGUCGCGCCCGAGGUCGGCGACUUCCAAGUCCCGACCAAUGACAACCGCCACUACACCGACACGAACGACUCGCAAAAGCUGAGCAACGUGCAGAUCGCCGAGCUGCGCGCGUCCGGCGUCAACGGCCCGGAGCUCAUCGCGAAGCUUGUCGAGAACUCGGACACUUGGGACACGAAGACCGAGUUUUCGAAACAAAAGUACCUCAAGAAGAAGCAGCAAAAGUACAUGCCGCGCAUUCAGAUGGUGCGCUGCACGGCCAUGAGCCUCGCAGAGGUCUACCACGCGCGCCAGCCCUUCAAGAUCCUCAACCUGCGCGCCGACACGCUCGGCCAGCUCCUCCAGUACGGCAACGUCUACGCCGGCGCGCAGGUCCUCGUCGUCGACACGUGCAUGGGCCUCGCCACGGGGGCGAUCGCGGAGCGCAUGCUCGGCCAUGGCCGCAUCCUCGCAGGUUUCGAAGGCCAGCAGAUGGCGGCCGACACCCUUCGCCGGUUCAACUUUGAACCGGCGGUGCACGACAGCAUCGUUCCGUUCCCUCUGGCGUACGUCGGGCUUUUGACCAAGGACGAAGCGGACCUGGCGCCGCCGCCCAAGUCGCAGGCCGAGAUGGACUCGACCAACGAAGAGAUUGAAGCCCGCCAGCGCGAAGUUGCCGAGCGUGUUGCUCUCUAUUCGCCGGAAGAGCAGGCCAAGUACCUCGCCAAGAAGGAAGCGCGCAUUAAGGCGCGUCAGACCAAGACCCGCCGGACGCCGGCCGAAGUGCGCGCGCUGCUACGCUCGCCGUCCGACAGCUUGAUCAUUGCGUCGCACUACGACCCGCUCUCGAUGCUGCAGGCGCUGCUGCCGCUCCUCGGCCUCUCCAAGCCGUUUGUCGUCUACUCCGAGUACCUCGAGCCGCUCACGACCGCCUUCGACGCGCUUCAGCGCAUGGAUUCGAUCGUCAACUUGCAGCUCAACGACACGUGGACGCGUGAGUACCAGGUACUGCCGGGCCGGACGCACCCGGAAAUGACCAUGAGCGCAGGCAGCGGGUACAUCCUCUCGGGCAUCAAGGUCGAGUCGUCGCCGCCGCCGGCGUCCCACGCAACGCUCAAGUCGAUCCCGCGCCGGACUAACAAAAAGCCGCGUGCGAUUUAAGCUACUGACCACUGAAUGUCCUUCAUCACCCC